CGCGUCUGGGGAAUUUCUCAAACAAGUUACAUACAGUACCAUAGAAACUGCGUCCCUCAGCAGGCCAGGCCAGCGCACAUUCCGGCCAGCCGAACCAUCCUCAGUUCUACAGUAUCAAUACGCCAUGAAGCCGGUCCUGCUGGAGGAGGCCUUCGGGGACUCCCCUGUUUUCCGUGCAUCGCUACAGGAGAGCGAGACCUCUCUUAACUUCGUGGACGGGUCCAUUCGCAAGAUGGCUACGAUUGCUGAGAAAAUCACUGACAUGACAAAGGACUACUCUGCAAAAUAUCAAGCGCUUGCGGAGGAGAUUCAGAGCCUAGCUGGGUUCGAGGACGACCCUUCCUAUGAGCUUAUCGGACUGCAGCUCUUGAAGUUCGCGCAGGUUUUCAAAGACAUCGAAAGGAGCCGGAUGAUAGCCGCCAGCCAAUACAAAGAUGUCUUCAUAGAACCGCUGAACAAUUUUGGCACCACCGAAAUUGCGCCCGCCAAAAGAGCUGGGAAAGACUUCUUGCAAUCGCAGGACCACUUCCUCAAUGCUAUGGGAAAGUACAUGGGGAAGCGUCCGCAAGACAAGGGCAUCGAGGAGAGCGCACGCGACGCUGCUGAAUCGCGGAGACACUUCCACAUGAAGACAGUGGAAUACGGCAUCAAGCUGAAUGAAGUCAAUGUGAAAAGAAAGUUCGAGCUCGUUGAGAACGUUGUGGCUCUCGUGUAUACGAAUUUCUCGUUCUUCCACCAAGCUUAUGAUGCCCUGAAGGAUCUUGAGCCGUCUAUGCGGGAGCUCACAGGCCUUCUGCAAAAGAGCCGGAUGGAGCAUGCCCGUCAACCGGCGCCACAGGCGAACUCCCUCCUCCUGCCGCCGGAAUACUACGACCCAGCGUCAUCCGUGUCGGAAACGAAAUCAACGCGGACGUCCUCUACCAUUUACAAGGCUGGCUAUCUUUACAAGAAGAGCUCAAGCAAGAUGCGGACAGUGUGGCAUCGGAGGUUCUUCGAGUUGGGGAACUGGUACCUGGGGUACUUUUCGAUAGAGGGCAAGGAUGAGGCGAAGACGACCGUUGAUCUAAGGAUAUGCAUGGUCAAAGAGACGCCCACACCUGAACGGCGGUUCUGCUUCGACUUGGUGUCUCCCACAAAAACUCUCACGCUUCAAGCGCAGAACGAAGCCCAGCUGAAGGAUUGGAUUAGCGCGUUGCAGGCCGCCAUCUCGCGUUCUAUCUCCGAUGAAGGUGCUGGCAAUCCCGGGGUGAAACCGUCCUUCGCGGACCCCACAAACACCACAUCACACCUGCAGGGCGGGACCUCUGCAUUAAAUGCUCCUCAAAAGGCAGCAGACCUACUCGAGCGUGUACGCUCGGUACCCGGCAAUGAUACCUGUGCUGACUGCGGGUCGGAUCAGGACGUGGAAUGGGCGAGUUGUAACUUGGGCAUCAUAGUGUGUAUCACUUGCUCUGGAAUACAUCGGGGUUUAGGGAGGCACGUCUCCAAGGUCAAAUCACUGUCCCUCGAUCGUUGGGAUCAGCUGGAGGGAGAUAUCCUCCUUACUUUGGGGAACAAACGAGUCAACGAGCUAUUCGAAGGCAAUCUCAAAGAUGAAGACGGCAAGCCAAAGCCAGAUGACGAUAGGGCGAAGAAGCAGAAGUACUCGGUACAGAAGUACAAUGCGAAGGCAUUCCUACGACCCGCCACUACACCCUUCUCUACUCCGCCAUUAACACAUGAUUACCUCCUUGAGCUGCUUGCCAGUAUCGCGCAUGGCUCUAAUGUCAACGAAAAAGAUCUCAAUGGGCAGACCUUGCUGCAUAAAGCGGCGAGCGUUGAUGCAAGCGUUGUGGAGUUCCUGCUGCUGUGGAAUGCCGACUUUGAUGCUGUGGACGAGAAAGGAUGGACUCCCUUACACUGCGCCGCAGAUGCAGGGAAUGCAAAAGCCGUCACGGCCAUUCUUCGCAGAACCCCGCGCACAGAUGUGACGGACAAGGAUGGGAAGUUGCCGAUUGACCUAGCCAUCGCUAAAUCCACUGAAUCCUCCGACUACGUGCACAUCGUCACAACACUGCGGCUAACACAUCUGGACAAACAAGAUUCCGCAUCCUGGCGAUCCACGGGAUGGGAAGACGGCGGCACAAACCGAUCUCAGGCGUCCGCCGAGCAGCCCAGAAAGCACAGCGGUUUCUCGGCGACGGCUGGCUCUAUCCCGACGCCGGAUAUACUGAGCACGCCCACAAAAGAUUUGCCGGUGCUCCCCGGGCAGGGGAGUACGCUCCCUCCGCCGCCAGCUGGCGCCAUAAGCGAUCCGUGGGCGGAAGAGAAGAAUGCAUGGGAGUAGAUAGACAUCUCGAGGGGACAUCUUGGAUUCGCGGACAAUUUUGUGUGUUAUUGUUUUGUUUUUUGGAUUUUAGGAAUUUUCAAUGAUGGACAGUUUAGGCAAAGUUUGUCGUACCCCCAAGAGUUUGUUGUUUUACGUCUCUCUUCUUGUAACAAAGUUACGGAAUACAUGGGAACGCCGCUCAGUCACAUUAUGCAGAGAGGA